GACCCUCCCGGGCACCUGUAGGGGGAGUUGCUGACUCCUGAAGGGGAGGGGAAAAAGAAAGGGAGCGAAGGGCCGGCGAUAAAUUACAUUAGAACCUAAACAGAGAGAGAGAGAAGUAAAGACGGAAGGAGUCUCCAGUGGCGGAGGGGGGCGGGGCUUCAGCGGUGACGUCACAUCGCGGCGCAGCCAACCCCGAGCGACCUCGCGCCAAAUUCGAACGUCAGAACGAGGGGUCCGUUGGCUGCGCACUCAGGCGAAGCAGACGCCGAGGAGAGAAAGGAGCGUUCGGACCCCCUUCGAACCGUUUUGUCCUCCCAGAACCACCGUUUCUCCGGUUUCCAUGGCAACCCCGCCCAAGCGGAGCCGGGCCGAGAAGAGCAUUAAAAAGAUCGCCAUUGAAGGCAAUAUAGCUGCAGGGAAGUCUACCUUUGUGAAUCUUCUCAAGCAAGCCAGAGAAGAGUGGGAUGUGGUUGCAGAGCCAGUAGCAAGGUGGUGCAACGUUCAGAAUUGCCAGGAUGACUCUGAGGAGCUGACAGCCUCACAGAAGAGUGGUGGCAACUUACUUGAAAUGAUGUAUGAGAAGCCAGAGAGGUGGUCCUUCACCUUUCAGACUUAUGCCUGUCUAAGCAGAAUCCGGGCUCAGCUCAAAUCUCUUGAGGGAAAACUCAAAGAAGCUGAGAAUCCUGUAGUCUUUUUUGAGAGAUCUGUUUACAGUGACAGGUACAUUUUUGCAUCUAAUCUAUAUGAGUCAGACUGUAUGAAUGAAACAGAGUGGACUAUUUACCAAGACUGGCACAACUGGAUGAAUCAGCAGUUUGGAUCACAUCUUGAACUGGAUGGCAUUAUUUAUCUCCGAGCUACUCCUGAGAAAUGCUUGAAUAGGAUUUAUGUGCGUGGAAGGGAUGAAGAACAAGGCAUUCCUAUAGAAUAUCUGGAAAAACUCCAUUACAAGCAUGAAAGCUGGCUCCAGCACAGAACCUUACGAAUGGAUUUUGAAUACUUGCAAGACAUACCUAUUCUAACGCUGGAUGUAAAUGAAGAUUUCAAGGGCAACAAAGAUAAGCAUGAAAACAUGAUAGAAAAGGUCAAAGAAUUCUUGAGCACUUUGUAGUCUUUCCAGAAAACGCACUGCAUCUGAGCAUUCAUGAAGUUCACAUUAUUUAAUUGGUGCCGCUAUUUCUGCUUUUGCUUAUGGUCUCAGAGGACAAGAUUCAACUUUGUUAAACUAUUAACUACUGCAUGGAGCUAGUUUUAUGACUAUCUUGUGUUCAGUUUCUUGGGUGAAGUGUUAACUGAAAACAAUAAGAUCAUCUCAUGUUACAAAGCAGAGCUCGGUUUAUCUGAAAUACAUGUCUUUAUCUUUGUAAUAUGAUUGAAAUAGUUCAGUAAAAUUACAAGUGUCCCUUGAAUGGAAGAAGUGAAACUUAGAUGGCCUUUCUAGUCCAUUUCAUGAGCCAGCUAGAAUUGGAAUGCCCAUAUUUUCUCCAGUGUGGUGGGAUCACACCAUAGAGAGGCAUUUCCCAUCUAUGGAGUGUAUGUGUGCAUGUAUCCAUGCAUGUGGUUGAGGAUGUACAGCUUGCAUUUUGUUCAAAGGCAGUCUGCUUACUUAAGAGUGAUGCAUUUCAAAAAGUCCUGUGUAAAAUAGCAACAGCAAACACACUGUCAUGAGUGGAUAAAUUGAGAUGGUUCUUUAAAGGAAGUCUUUAGCUUUCUAAAAUUUUGCUUUUGCUUGCUUUUCUAGAGUAAAAUAUUCAAGGGUUGUUUGGAACCAUUUUCCUUUCUCUAGUAACUAAAUUCUACUUCUUCAGUAAAACAUAGGAUUUUUAAACUUGUUAUUUAUGCUGAUUUCUCACUGAGCUGAAAAUAUAAUACAUAAUCUUAAAGCUACAGGUGGAAAGUUUAAGGCAAGAAUAUGGCAAAUAGGAUUCCUCACCCUGCCCCUAAAUCUUUUAAUUGAAACUUUUCUUUUUCUUUAUGUGGGAACAUCUGAUGAACAUUUGAUGACUUCUGAAUUAAUAGAAGGACUCAAAAUACCUCUGUGACUGCAUCAGCACUGCAGAAAUAAUACAGUUUGACACCACUUUAACUGCUUAUGGAAUCCUGGGAUUUGUAGUUUGUUGUAGCACUAGAGCUCUGACAGAAGGCUAAAUGUUUCACAAAACUAUAAAUUCCAGAAUUCCAUAGCAUUGAGCCAUGGCAGUUAAAGUGGUGUCAAGCUACAUUAUUUCUGCAGUGUGGAUACAGCCUAAUUGUCAUGAAAUCUCUGGUAGAGUGGUCUUGUGUGGAAUCUGCUGCAGUUGAACUUGUGAUAGGAAAAAUUAGCAGUCAAUAAAUACAGUGAUAGUUGUGAUCAGAUGGUUGUGCUUGUCUAGAAGACAGUUAUGUGGAUAAUACCUAUUCUCCUAACAACUGACUGUUGUCUUGCUUCACAUUUACUGAUUUUUGUGUGUCCCUGCAUUUUCUUUUUAAGCAAAAAGGGGUUUUUGUUUAACACAUCUGCCCUUUCCUUUUGGGAAUCAUUGAAGGAAAGGGACAUUGGCACCCUUGUUUUCAUUCCCACAUUUUACUUAUUAAUUGUGGGAAGUUAUCUCUUCCUAAUUCUGUAUCUUCAUGGAGUACUAGAAAGGGGACCUCUGCAAUAACGUAUUUUAAAUUAUUUUUACAGCUGAUUUUUGUGUAUUGUAAAGUAUCAAAUUGUAUACCACUUCUUAGAUACUGUUUUUAAUGUUGUUAGAUGUAGUUGGUCUUUCAAGGCCUUUUGCAUUUCUUCUGUGUUAGUGCUGACCAUUUUGUGUGAUCAUGUUGGAAACUUUUGUAAAGCUGAAAUAAAUAUGGAA